CGCGUAACUUCCCUCCCCUCGUCCUGGUCGCCGUCACGUGCCCCGCCCUCUCUUCCCUCAGCCGCCGCCUGGCACUCCGUCAGCCCUGCCAACGUGGAGCCGGCUGAGGCCGAAGCGAAGGCGGAAGUGUUCUGAGGAGAGGAGGGAGGAGGAGGAGGAGACGGGGGGCCUUUAACCAGCCGCCGCAGCUGCCGCUGAAGAACCUCCGGCCAUGGAGAGCUCCUUGGAGAAGGUCGGCUCUGCCUCUGAAGUGUCUCAGGCGGGGAAGGCGGAGGGCGGGCAGGGAGGCAGGGACGGGGCGGAGGAGGAAGGGUCCGCGGUGCCAGGGGCGAGGGCUACGGGGAAAUCGUGACAGGGGUGGUCGCUGCUCCAGACGACGGUCCGCAGUCAGCAGCCUUGCAAAUACGAGUAGAGAGGUUUAUAGAUGUGUGCGCGCGCAUAUAUAUGUGUACACACACACGCAUAUACAUGCAUAUAUAUAUAUAUAGUCAUUAGAAUUCCUAUAACAUAUCUACAUACACACAUGCACUCACAUAUAUGUAUAUUAUAUUUGUAUGUGGUACAUACAUAUUUGUGUAAUGUUUAUAUAGUCACACACAUAUUCACACAUAGAUUGGUACAUGCUCACACAUAUUAUGAGUGUGUGUGCAUACAUAUAUUGUGUUAUAUAUAUGUGUGUGUGCAGAAGCAUAUAUGUAUACAUAUAUUAUACACAUACAUGUGUGUAAUAUAUGUAUACAUAUAUACUUAACACAUAUUUGUGUUUGUAAUACUGUUUAUGCACACACAUAUAUGCAUAUAUAAAAAACAUACAUACACAUAUAAAAGCACAUCUGUAAGCACAUGUGUGUAGAGUAUAUUACACACAUAGCAUAUUGUGUGUGCAGAAUAUAUACGUGUGUAUGUUAUAUGAGUUUGUUGACUAUACACACACACACACACACACACAUUAUAUACAAAUAUAUUAUUUUUAAAGCAACAUUUUGAUGAGCUUGGGCUGGAUCCUGAGUUAGUCAUGCCCAUUAAUUUCGGAAGGACUAAGUCUGGAUACAACCUUGUAACAAAUGCAUAUGUGUAUAUGUACUGUUGUUAAAUAGGCAGAUAAUAGCAACAUUAAUACUCGUCAUAAUAUUAACCAUUGAAAAUGAUUCCUCUUAGGGUAGCAGUGGGGCAUAGCUCAAGUGGUAGAAGGCCACCUCCUUGAGACUCCAAUCCUAUACUCAUGGAAGUGAGCUAGUCCCACUGAAGUAAAUUGCACCUACUUGCGAGUAGAUGUGUCUAGGAUGGCACUGUGAAAGUGGUGCUACCAUUAGCAUAUGCAUUUAAUAUAUUUCAGGCUUUGAUUUGAGGUUUUUAAAACCAAAAGGAGAGGAGAAAGAGGAACCCUCAUUCUUAGUGCUCAAUAUUGCUUGAUAGGCAUUUAUUUUAUUUAUCCAUCUAUCUGGCAAGAAUCAUAUCUUUUCUAUGUAUAAUAUAUCCAACCUAGCUUGCAGUUGAGCAGGGCUGGCCCUACCGUUAGGCAGUGUGAGGCAAAAGCCUUGCACACCAGAUGAUGAAGGAUGGGGAAUGGACAGAGCUGCAUGUGCCAUGUGAUCUGCCCUGCACCCUCCUAAAGUAGGCUUCUGACCUCAGGUGCAGUGGAGGAAGAUGCUGUUGCCACUGUCAAAGUGUGAUUCAGCUGUUAUUCUUGCCAGUUUUUGUACAAUGGUAGAAUGAGGUGGCACCUUGUCCUUUGCCUCAGGCAGCAAAAUGUCGCAGGUAAGCCCUGCAAUCCAGCUGGAAACACACAGAUUUUUUUUUAAAAAAGAAGCAGUCUCAUUCACAGAAAAAAGCAGGAAAAAACCUUAAAUUCUAUUUAUGUGUCAAUAUUUUACAUAUUGGCUUAAAGCGAGAGACUGUUUAUGCAGGCUGUCUACCACAUAUUCUCUCUCACAGGAACUGCCAAAGGCCUUGAUGUAAUAAUAGUGAUGUAAGCCAUCAAAUAGAAUAUAUCAAGCUCCCUUAUAACUGAGGCAACUUUGCAUUCAGAAGGUCUCAGGUUCAAUCACCAGCAUCUUCAGACAGGGCUGGGAAGCAAUCCUAACUUGAACCUUGGAAAACUGCUCCCAGUCAGCGCAGACGGUACUGAGCUAGAUGAACCAAUGGUCUGGUUCAGUUCAGUAUAAGGCAGUAUAAGGCAGCUUCCUACGUUCACAUUACGUUGUGCCACGGCUCCAUGGGAAGAUCCAAAACCUUGGCCUCUCCCAAUAUAAUAAACUUGGCUAUCAGGUGCUGGGAGUGGGGGAAAACUCUUGCCUCAGUCCUUGAGAAGCCACAGCUAGUCAGAACAGAGUGGAUUACAGAAUGGUUAGCUGGGCCAAUGUUCUGACAUGGUAUAAGACAGCGUCAUACGUUUUGUGAGGAAUGGCAGUAGCUCCAUGGGUUGGUGUAUAUGAGGUUGUGAGUUAAAUUUGUGGCAUUUCCUGUAAUAAAGAUCUCCGGUAGGAGGGCUGGGGGAGACCCUUCUUUAAACUUUGUAGAGCUACUCCCAGCCAGAAUGGAUUGACAGUCUGAUUCCAUAUUAGGCAGCUUAACAUUCAUAUCAUCAUUAUUUCAAUGCCAAAUAUACUCCUUACGGGAGAAUGUAUCUCUAUAAAACAUAAACACACACCUGUAGCUUUCUGUUCUAGUCUUACCUUUAUGACAUGCUUGUUUUUUGUGUGCAGGGAUCAUUAACUUGUGUUUGUUUAAGGGCACUUAAUCAUGUGAGCCCCUACCUGUUGUGUGAAGUAGUACAGUCAUCAAACAGGUUUUCCUGCUCUUCUGUUCUUGAGAACUAGCAACAGGCUAACAUAGAUAGCCUUUUUAAGAAGCUGUGGGGUGCUUGCGACAAACACUGGGGAUAUUGCGUGGGAUUUGGUGCAGAAGGGCAGAACAAGAAGAUGCUUAGUUUUUUGCUUCCCCUUUAAAUUGCCCUUUCCCUGCUUAUAUGUAUGUAGUUAUAAAAUAUGUAUUUAUAACUAUAAAGUUUAAGUUGCCUCCUUUUUUAGUGGGGAGUUAGUUUCAUACUUAUUUCUCCCGUUCUUUAUUGGUUGUUGUGUGUUUUUUUAAAAUGUGGGUAGGUGAAGGGAGGAAUACUGUUUUUAACUCUGAGGCACCCAAGUGUGUUCAUUAGUAAGAGCCAUGUAACAAUCUAUGCAAAAUUUUAGAAAUUAAAAUUAGUAGGAUCUAUCCAUUGCAACCAAAGAAGUUUAUAAACUUGGAUUCUUUGUGUAAUCUACAGUGAUUUUGAGAUGCAAAUUGUCACUUGCUGUUAGAGAAAUAUGUACUACCAUUUUAGUUCAAGGCAGAGCUUACUCCCUAUGAAUCUUGGAACAUAAGGGCAGAGUGGAAUUUCAAAAGGACCAGCUCUCACAAAUACUUUCUUUCUUCAUGGGGAUGUCUUUAAAACAGGGGAGGGAAAACUCUUCCAUCCCAAGGACCAUAAACUCUCAAGGUGAACGUUCCAGGGACACAUGCUGGUGGUGGACAGGGUCAGAGUACACUGUGGCUGGAACACUGAAUUUGACUCCUACUUUUGUAUGGUAGGCUACAUUCCAGCCAUUCAGAAGUCAGAGGUUUCUACACACAAGCACACAUCCUCUAUCCAGGCAAGCAAGAAACACAGGCAAAACACAUUAUUGCGAGGCAAAAGCAUUCAAGAAGGGCAUGGAACAGGGCCACUGUUGGGUGUCCCCUGGGGAGAGGGGACAUGACCUGGAGAGGACUGCAGACUCUGCAGAAUCCCAAGGGCUGAACAGAGAUAAUUGGAGGGCCACAUUUGGGAACAGAUGAGGUUCCCUGACCCCUGCUUUAAAAAGUACCCCUGUUAGAACUCAGAAGUUUCUGUCGCCUUGUUUUGUGAGUCAUUCUUUAGAAAUGUUUCUGGGGCAGCUUCUUUCUAGCACAAUAAACCUGUGGAAACAAGAGCAGCUGUUGGAUUGUGGCAGAGACCAGUUCAACAUGUCACCAGGGAACUGGAGGGAAUAAUUGUACUAGUACAACCAGGCAUCCUUACUGUUUUUCUGCAAUAUUUCUCACUCAUGUUUGUGUAGCUAUAUAUAGAAUAGAUAAUCUUACAUACCAUAGGCAAGCAGAGAAAAUCCAGGUGUUGUACCUAGUGUGGUGUUCUAAGGCAGGAUUUAAAAGAUGCUGCUGAUUUUUAUUUUCAAGGCCACAUGAGGGACCUUGGUGCUCAUCACACAUUUUAUUCUCUUUAACAUAUGCACAAACACCCAUAAAAAGCUUGUGUUGCUGCGCCGGUGUUUCUGGGCCAGGUUCAAUGGUAUUGCAUUAAUUUGUAAUGAUAACAUCUUCAUCCUUUGCCUGCCUGUCAGACCAUUGAGAUCUUUGGAGGAAGACUUCAUAGUCCUCCAUGAGCUGUGCACAGGGUUGAACUGCAUGCUGUUUACAAAUCUACACUCAAAGUGAACUACAGAUCAAUGAGAGACACCAAAUGCUUCUGUUUUACAAGUUAAAACCUUGAAGACUGAGAAAUAAACAAUUAUCACUAAGCCGAGCAUGGUAGAAUAUAUAUUUUUUUAUAUAGAGAACUUGCUAUUUAUAUUUUGUUCCAAGUUGGACGCUCUUGCCUAUCUAUUGCAAGUGAGCUAGAGAUCCAUCUUCUUCCUGCCCUAAAGUAGUGAACAUUCAGACAAUUACAUUCAGGGUCUCCUAUGUUUUAACAGCUUUUGGAGUGACUCUGUUUGAAAGCCGUUUGGACCAAAGAGUAACAGAAAUGUGACUGUAGUUCUUGAUUCUGAAGGAUUAGAGAUACUUCAGGAGUACUCAGUUUAAGAAAUGAAAAUUCAUUUGCCAGUUGAUACAGUGGGAUAUUUCCCCAUUAACAUUAGGUCUGUUACCUGCUUAAAUAAUUCUGGGUGCAUCUAAUGGGUUGAUCUAAAAAUACGUGUAAAAGCCAUCAUGCUGAGGAUAAAAGCAUGCUUCUAUGUUUAUUUUGGGGGGAUAUGGAGCAGCUCUAAUUAACAGGAAGUGUCCUGUCAUUAUGGAAUCAAGAUUUCAAACAAACUUGUUUAUCCACAUUUGCAGAGGCCAAGGUUCUUUGAUGGGGUGGGUAGCAAGUCAGCAUGCCCUCUACUGCCACAGCUGAUGCCUUUCUUAGUUGGUGCAAUUCUAAGCAUAUCCUAUUUCAGUGCUGAAUUCUUGAAUGGCUAGUGGGGGGUGGGACAUUCCUGGUGGGUGAAUUGCAGGGACCGCAGCCAUGGAGAGCUGAGUUAGGUAGGGUAAUGCCACAAGUCUGUUGCCCAGAAGCCCCGGAAACCAUAGAGCUGGAUCCCCUGAAAUUGAUGGAGGAGGUGGCAAUGCAUUGGUGGGACAUCACUUUUUGCAGGCAUAGCCAUGGAACCCACUGAGCAGUCUCUAGGAAGCCGUCACUGUGCCAUCCAGUCUACUAACUCAGCAACAGCAUCCCCAUAGUUGUGUUGCUUGCCCACUUUUUUAUAACUUUAGGAUAUUUGUAGCCCGCAUUUCAAUAUAUGCAAAAUUCCGCAGCAGUUGAGUUGACAAUAAAACAUGGGUUGGCUGAGAUGUGAGUGACUUCUUUGUUCCUCCCAUCCACCAAUAAUGUACGUAUGAACACAGACAUAACAAUUUUACUCCAUAGGGAGUGACAUACUGCAGGCAUUAUUGUCUGAAACUUACCUAUCUUGACCUUGUGUAUGUUUGAGAAAUUGGUUUUUAAAAAACUGAAUUGAAUUUGCCAUUCUGUCCUGACCACCCAAAUCAGUAUGGCUGAUGGAGGGUGGGGGACCUUUGAGGUAUCUUCCUUUUAAUAAUAAUAAAGUUCAAAUCUCCAUUGGUCCAAAUGAAUUAAUCCAUUUUAGGACAUUUUCUCCUAUAAGGAAACUGGUGUGUUCAAAGCUGCUUACUGUUUUCACAGCACUUGCUGUCGCAUGAAAAAAAAUAUGCUUUGAUGUCAUAGGUUGAGACUCUUUCUGGGUUUUUUCUUUCUGUUAUUCCCACAACAUCAUGAUAGUUUUUGUUGGAAAAAACUGAUGGAUGAAUCUUUUAAAAAAAGGACUCUGUGUAACAAGGAAGUAGAAGCAAGUAUAAUGAAAUAGCAGUACAUUUGUAAAUACAUUUUAAACAAAUAAGGAAUUGUUUUAGUAUGUAUAUGUGUGUAUAUAAGAAGGGGAAUUAUACUAAUUUAUCUUAAAAAUAUCAGGAUGUUGUAAUAACAUAAAGAGCCUCAAACCAUGGCAUCAAAGCAUUUAAUAAUAAAUAAAAAUCUUAGAGGAAUUUGUAUAAAAUUAAUGUAUGACAGUCGACAGUUUCUUGUCCUGCACAAACACGCAACACACGCACACAGAAACAGCCACUACUUGCAACUGUACUUUGUAAAAUAUGUCUGUGCGGAAUUACCUAUAGGCAUUUUGCAUUCUAAUUCCUACAUUGAAGAGCUUUCUGUAUAGAACUUUGUGAUAAGUGAAGCAGGCUUGAGUUGAAAACAAAACUUGUCUGGCUAGAUUGCAAACCUGCUAAUUAGUAUCUUGCUGGCAUUCUUAGCAUAGGAGAAAGGGUGUUAAAAGAACAGAAUGGAGAUCCACUGUGGAUUUGAUGGGUGAAAUGAAAGAAGAGGUAAUGCAUUGUGGUGUAGUGGUUAAGAGCAGUAGACUUGUAAUCUGGUGAACUGGGUUCGCGUCUCCGCUCCUCCACAUGCAGCUGCUGGGUGACCUUGGGCUAGUCACACUUCUUUUAAGUCUCUCAGCCCCACACACCUCACAGAGUGUUCUUUGUGGGGGAGGAAGGGAAAGGAAAAUGUUAGCCGCUUUGAGACUCCUUCGGGUAGUGAUAAAGUGGGAUAUCAAAUCCAAACUCCUCCUCUUCUUCUACUUCCACAUAUUUGUUCUUAAGGAAAGCAUUUGGCUGUAUUAAGUCUUUUAUGGGAUAGUGAAUGGAAGAGGAAGCUUCAGAAGAAAUAAUGAGGAAAGGGGACUGUGAGAACAGGUUGAUCGUUGGACUCUUAGCUUUAUAUGCUAUUUAUUUGUAUUUUUAUCCCAUUCUUCCUCCAAAGCGGUUGAUCUUUGGACUUAACUUACAUGCUAUUUAUUUGUAUUUUUAUCUCAUCCUUCCUCCAAAGAGCUCAGGACAGCAUGCAUGGCUCUCUCACAUUAACUUUGUGAGGUAGGUUUGGCUGAGAGAUAGUGUUUGGUCCACAGUCACUCAGUGAGCUUCAUGGCUGAGUUGCCCUGAUUCCAGUCUGACUCUCAGGACACUUGCAAAUCUUCAAAUUGCAGUCUCUCACUAAGAGCCAUUAUACAGCAAUCAACCCAGGUUUACCACCAAGCAUGCACAAGUGUUUUCAGACACCUGUUGUGUUGCAGUCUUACUUCACAUUUUGCAGUGAGAACAUUUUUAAUGUGUAAGGUGUACAUCUACAAUAUGUACUAUGUUGAAAGGUCCUACGAAUCGCUCCAGGUAAAUGAUUAUCAUGGUUGUCUGGCUGCUGUUACUGCUGCUGCUGCUUCUUGUUGUUAGGUAGAUCACUGGCUAAUGGUCUAAGUUUGGUGGUUGAUGUUUCCUUAAUGUGAGCUCAUGAAUGAUUAGGAAGUACUGUAGCUGGGAGAUUUCCAUUGAGAGUUAAUCAGAGCUUUGAAAAAAUGGCACCUACAUUUAUAGAAAGGGCUGAUAAAAGUUAGGGGUAUGUGCACUUGUAUGUGGGUAGGUCACAUCCACAAUAUGCAUUUAAAGUACAUUGCUUCCCCCAAAGAAUCUGGAGAGCUGUAGGUUGUUACGGGUGCUGGGAAUUGUAGUACUCUGUGGGGCAAACGGCAGCCCUCAGGAUUCUUUGGAGUAAGUCAUGUGCUUUAAAAUGUAUGGAGUUAAAGUGAUUAGAGAGAAAGUGAGAGAUGGAGGAAAGACUGGAAGUGUCUUCAGGUGCUGAGUGCCUCCCUAUCAUAAUGACAAAGUGAUGCCCCACUUUGAAACCCUGAUUGUCUGGACUUCUAAACACAAUGCAGGGCUUUCAAACAGCCCAUUGUAAACAUUCCCGUGCUCUUGUGGGAACUCUGGAGAUAUGUACAAAGGGCAUUCAAAUAGCUUCAGACUUCAUCAUGAAGGCUGUUUGAAAGGCUCCACUGCACUUUGAAGUCCUGAAAACGGGGGUUUCAAAUCACAGCGCUGGGAGGGACAUUCUGUUUCUAUUGAAAGGAAACUGCUUCACCCUACUUGAGCAAGGCACAUUCCUACUGCUCUUCAGCUGGUGGGUGGGUGGGGGAACACCUUGCUCCAGCAAAGGAAUAAUUGGGAGAUCACUUUAAGCUCCCACUUGUUUCUUUGAAACCACACCUACUCAUUUACACGUGAUGUCAUACAUGUCAGGUACAGGGCAGAUAGGUGUGGCUUCCUGAAAAUGGCCUGAAGUAACAGACCUACUCCCUAGCAGGUGUGCAUGCCACUUGUUUCUUUGUAUGUUCCACCUGUAUAUUUGCAUAUCUCCAGUUCUGUCUCCUUUCAGUGAAAGCACUGCUCCCCUGAAACUUCUCACUGCUCUCAAUCCUAUUGUCUUUUUCAUUCUUCGAGGCCAACAUGGCAACAGUUUGUUUCAGAGUGUGUACAUGCAUGCUUGUAUAAUUACAUUUUCCAUAAAGGCUAUUGUUCGUAAUAUUCUUAAUGUAAAACUUUUUUUGUGUGUGUAAUCAAACCAUGCUAUUGUUUUCAUCAUUGAGAUGACUUCAGGAUUCUGGGGCAGGUUGUAUUUUAAGGCAGUGUACAUAGCCUUUGAAUAUUUUAUCAUGUUGGAAAACUGGUAGAAGUUGAUGUAAAGUUUUGCCAGUGGUACUACCAAAAGGUUUUCAAAGAUGACAGUGUAAAAAGGUUUGGUCAAUGGUGCAAUCUUCCACAUUUUUACUCUUGACGUCAAUCUCAUUGUGUUUAUUGAAGCUUACUUCUAGAUACUGCAUGUGUGUAUAAAUACCUGAAAAUAUACAUUUUAUAGCAUUCUCGCUUCUGGUUGGCUGUGGUAUAAAAAGAUUGCUGGACUAGAUGGACUGUGGUCUGAAGAUUGUUCUUACGCUCUUCAUUUGUGCAGUUUUCUAAAACCCAGUCCCAUGAUCUGUUCCAGAUGCUGAACAUUUGAUAAAGCAACUCCUUCCUUCAUUUCAGUGGAAGGCAUUGAACUGCAUGUUGCAUAGGCUUGUUCAGUGGAAAUGGGAGCACCAGAAAGUUAGGAACUCCAAAUAAAUAGAUUCUCUGGUUUUUACCUUGAAACUGAACCCACAAGGAAUCAUUCUCACAUCAGGGAUUGAUCAUCUGGUGAGAGGAGCACUUGCAAGCAGGGAGAAAUUAAUUUGGAUCCUUUGGGAGUUCUGCCUUCCACUUGGAGUAUCUUGAUAAUAGAUGCCUACAGACCAUUGGGAAUAAACUUCCUAGAGCUUCUGCAACCAAGCAAUGCAUUACAGCAUCUGUAAAAUGCUAUCUCUCUGCUGUCAUUUAAAAAACUAGAUUAAAACCCUAGAACUAAUGAAGAAAUUUGCCACUGUGCCAGUCAUAUGAGGAAAGAGGAGUCACACCAUUUGUUCAGGCUUAUGUUUGGCUUCCUGACUGCCUUAUCUGAUUUGUAUAUUACAAUUGUUGACUCGGCUCUCCCUUUUCAUACAUGUGCAAAGGUUGCUACAGGUUCACCUUCAAGUGUCUCAGGUACCACACGCCACCUGCUAAUCUGAAGUAUACACAAUAAUUAGGCGGAUGUGUUACCAUGGCUUCAUUUUAACUUCUAUGUGCAAUCAUAUUCACUUUGGACCUGUUUCCCUUACAGUGCAUUGUCGUAUUGUAGAACAUUUUUCUCAUUUUGGAUAUUUUCUUUUCCGGAGCUCCAGGCCACAUAACAAAUGCAAAAGCAUGCUUACGACACUUGGAACCAAUUUGUACCUUAUGAAUUGGCCCUGUAUGAAUAGGCAUUCUCACAAAUGGCUUGCUCACAUGAGUGGUGGAAACAUUGAAGAGGGGCUUAAGGAACUUGCAGCAGUAGCAGCUUGUAUAACUGAGUUGUAGUCCAGCAACAUCCAGAAGACCACGGAUUCCCCAUCCGUGUUUUAUAAACGAGGGUUUCCAAUCCCCAGCAUACCUUGCUCAUGGAAACCAUUGUUGCAUCUUUUGUGAGUGAGCUUCUUUGGUACUGUACCUCUCCUGCAAAUAAACCAUUUAUGUGAGCAGAUACUCAUUCAUCAGAACAUCCACAGCUUAAUAGAGGACAUGGCUCAGGGGUAGAGCACAUGGCUUGUUUGCCAAAAGUCCUAGAUUCAAUCAGUGGCAUUUCAGUGCAGGGCUGGGAAAAUAGACUUGCCUGAAACCCACUCCUAGUCAACAGAAGAUGAUUCUGAGCUUGAUGGACCAAUGUUCUGACUCUUUAUAAGGCAACUUCUUGUAGCAAGGAGAACUUUGUUUUUCAUUUCUGGACAGAAGAAACUUCCUUGAAUGAAAAAAGGGAUGUUGGAUUUGUAGGCCUGAGCUUUUCGGACUAUUGGAGGAAAGGCAUCUCAAAGAGCCUCUGCCUGAGUGGCCACCAAGACAUGUAAUUCUUGGAAGUAGAAGUGGGCUUGCAUGACUUUGGCUUUGUUCAGAUGUAAUAGAAUUCCAUGGUUCCCUGUGGUGAGGUCCUGCUUAUCACAAGCCUUGGGCCCAGGUCCUCCUCCUUCGCACACAAGGGGAGAAAAUUAACCCUUUUACUAUCUUUCUCAGAACAUUUAUGCAAUUAAUGCUAUUUGCUUGAUUUAUUCCAUAUUGGUGUGUUGAAAAGCUAACAUAAAUAUUAUUAUUUUAAUAACAGAUGGUUGACCCUACCUUAGCAGAAAUGGGAAAGAAUCUUAAUGAGGCGAUGAAGAUGUUGGAAGACAAUCAAAGGUACCUACUAAUAGCAGCCUUGAAGAACAUUCAGGAGUGUUAAAAAGACAUCAUUGCUGAUACAUUUUCUGCUCAGUCCAGCAGAGCCUAUUGUUGUAGUUGCAAUAACAAAAUCCCCUUUUGAUUUUGUAAUGAACAAUUAGAUUUGUCAUUGAAGGACAGCAGUCGUGCUCCCCUGACCAUAUCCCGUGAUUUGGGGAAGCAGCAAGAUAGACAUUGCAUUCCUAACACUUCACACAACCUGGAAGCAGCUUCAUAGGGUGGGGUGAUUUUCAUUAGGACCACAGCAUGGGUACAAAGGGUUAAAAUAAAAAAGUCUACAUCCCCGUGCAUCAUAGUUCUCAUCCACCCUCUCCACACCUGCUACAUACUGUUUAUAAAAGAGGCAGGCAGACGCCAAGUUUUUAUCAUCUCAUGUAGUUUGGCCCUGCAUGAGAACCACUGAGAACUCACACAGCCUCACUUGCUCAUCUCUGGUCCAGGUGUUCAGUCUUCGUGAUGCACUAGAGUAUGAAAGAACUCUGGCAGCUGGCCAAGACAAAAAUCCCAUUGCAUUUAUGGUGGGUUAGGUUGCUUUGCAAAUAUGCCUAGUCUAGAAUUUCCCUUUAAGCUUACAUUUAACUGUUCUGAAGACAACAGGUGUUUCAUAUCCUUUUGCAGGUUCCCGACCCCAACCCCAACCCUAGAUUUUAUAGUUAGGAGAAAAUGAUUCUUGUAUUGCAUAGGAUGUGAGAAAUAAUUAAACUGGCUUCUGUUGUAGCAGCUGGAUUGGAAGCACUCAAGAAAAUACAAGUGAACUAUCUGUAGGUCAUAAACCUUAAGCUUUAAUUUUUUUUAUAAAAAAACGACAUCACAAAUUGUCAAUAGGUAGUGUUGUAUUUCCUGUUUUGAAGUUCAUUUUAUAUGGCAAAUUGUCUGCUGACAAAUAUUUUAAACAAUAAUUUAUCAUUUUUAAUAUACCUGUUUUAGUCAUUUCUUUCAGUCGGCGUUUAACCUUUAACAUCCCAUUAAAACAGAUCAGGUUCAGCACUUUAGAAACUACAGAGCUACUAAAAAAAUGAAUGGCUUUUCCUUUGAAAUCAAGUUGUAGUGGAAAUUUUGUGUGGCUUAACCAAGGGCAGGAUUUAAACAUCUCACUGUGGUAUGUUCAAACUAGGAAAGUGGAGGAAGAAAACGAAAAAAAGUAUACAAGGAAAGAUAUUCCUGGACCACUUCAAGGCAGGUGAGUAACAUGAUUGUGAAUCAUGAUUUUAUAGUGUAUCCUUUAUCUUCCCAUGCUAUGCAUACAGAAGGUCUCAGGUUCCGUUCCUGGCAUUUUCAGAUCUCAGGCACUAGGGCUGGGGGAGAAACCUUGCUUGGAAGGUCAGGGUAGACAAUAUUUCACCAAAUGGACCAUUGGUAUGUAUAAGGCAGCCACAUUUAUCUAGCCUACAAGCUGCCAAGAAUACACUUAACCAGGGUGUUCUCAUUCAGUAGAUUGUAUUGGCAGAGUGGCAUAAGCAAGGAGACUAGUCCCCUGUCAGCAGCAGCAAAACAGACAGUCUCUUAUUUGGUACUUUUGGCACACUGUUCAAAUAAGUCAUUUCAUUUACUCACUCAACUAACCUGCCAAUGCAUUGCACAAAUAAAACGACUUCAGUGGAUUGUGCUCCUUGUGGCUUUUUUAACAGUGAGUCAGGGGUAGAGGAAAAUAACCAUUGAUGAUUUCUUUUUCCAAGUCCCCGGAAUGUAUUUACAUUGUGUUUCUAGAGAAAUCAUAAUCUACAUUAUUAUUUCAGAGUUCACGGUGCAUUUCUAGACAAAAUAUUAAAAGCCUCUCAACAAAUUACCAAAAAAACUAUAGUGAUGCAUUGGUACAUCAAAAGGGCCUGAUUUUUGCAUUCUUUUUCUCCCCUUAGUGGACAAGACAUGGUGAGCAUUCUCCAGUUAGUUCAGAACCUUAUGCAUGGAGAUGAGGAGGAGGAAUCGUUGCAGUCUUACCGGUAAACAAUUGUACAUGUUGGUUUGGACCCAAAGGUGUUCUGCUUGCAAGAGCGGCUGUCUUAGAGUGUUGUGUUGUGUUGUACUGUUGUACUGUUUUAUUGUUGUUAGCCGCCCUGAGCCCGGCUUCGGCUGGGGAGGGCGGGAUAUAAAUAAAAAUUUAUUAUUAUUAUUUAUUAUUACACCUGCUGCUAGAGUGUUGCAUGAGAAAAACUGAAAGCACAUGCAGUGAUGUUGCUCCACCUGCUACAUCAUACGUAUGACCUCUUGGAACAAGCAGCUGCAUAAGAGCAGCUUACCUGUUAUAGCUCUUACCUGAGCUUUCAGUCAAUGUUUGUGGAAUGAUGCUAGGGGCCAUUUUACUUUCCACUCAUUGGGAUUCAUAAUAAUAACAAAGUUUUCCUUUAUUAUUAAAUUCAUAACUUAUUUAAACCUAUUUGUAUCGGAACACAAGAGGGCACACUUAAUUAAAGGCUUUGUAUAUUCCUGAUACAAUAGAUACUCAGAUAAAGCAAACUAGAUUCAUUUUUUUCAGACUGCUCUCUCUUAAAGAGAUACGUGCUUUGCUUCAUUACAUUAUUAAUGGGAAAUUACAUGCAGCAUGAAAUAAUUUCUGCUUUGGUGGCCCCAUUUCUUCAGAUUGCCUGUAUCUUUCAGAACACUGAAUUGAUGACAAUAUGAACAAUCUGAAUCUUUCGGGAAAGAGAUUCUAAGUGGACUGCAAGCCUAAAUUUCUGCUGGAAAUAGCUCUUUCUGAGGAAAUGGCUGCAGCUCAGCGAUAGACCAUAAGCUUUACAUGCAAAAGUUCCCAGGUUCUACCCCUGGUAUCUCCAAGUAGGUUUGGAGAAUAUUUCUGUCCGAAACCCAGCAGUAGCUCAUUAUGAUGGAGGCGUAGAGGCACUGGAUGGCCACUGCUGCUAACGUGGAGCUCCCCUGUUCUCACUGCUGCUGACUUUCCUGUCCCAAAGAGGGCACCACUGCUGCCCGUGGGAGCAUGUCACUGCCUCCUCCACCACAACCACCUGCCCAUGAGCCACAGCUGCUGAACCCUGGAGAGCUGUUGCUGGUCAGUUCAGGCAGCUGCUUACAUCCUGCCUUUCCAAUAAAACGUUCAAGGCAUCUUGCAGUGCAGCAUUAGCAUACAAUAAAAGAUUAACCAAUAACAUUUAAAAAACCCCACAGGGACAGCAAGUAAGAUAGCUUAAAAUCAAAUACCUGUCUAAAAAGAAAGUUCUUCACAGAGCAGCAGAGGAACAUGCGAGGGGAGCUGUUUUGUUGGCUUUAAAUAUUGUAUCAGUUUAAAAAAAUUUGUCAUACAUUUCUUUGGGAUAUUCACAAUAUCAAUAUUUGAAAUACAAAUACGGCUUAAACCCGAGUUCCAGGGAAAUCAACGCAUGACCUAUUUUCAGGAGGUUUUCAGAAGGAUUUGCUGAGCAAAAAUGAGACGCAUGAUUUCUGCAGCAUUGGUGGUCGUUCUAAUGUGUUUCUGGCUUGCAGGCUUCAGAACGUUGGAGAACAGGGUCACAUGGCUCUUUUAGGACACAGCCUGGCAGCUUACAUCUCUGUGUUGGACAGAGAGAGGCUCAGAAAGCUCACAUCCAGGAUCCUUUCUGACACUACACUGUGGCUGUGCAGACUUUUCAGGUAUCCUGCAUUAUGAAUAACUUGAUGUGAUGGGAUGAUAAGCUGCUUGUGCGUAAAAUCGUAUCCCCUCAGAGUUUGUUCAAGUCCACAAACCUCUGUCUGUGACAGAGCCCCUCAGACAUGGCUACUCUAGUCACUAGCAGAUUCCGACAGUGGUUGCUUUCGUAAUCGCUUCCAACAUAAAAAGCUCCUUAACGGAAACACGUCUUCUGGAAUCUCUGCGUGACAGUUUCCGGCGAGGAGUGGGUGUUCUUACAGGAGGUCCUGAAACCUCUCCACUGUUUUCGCUGGAAGUGUCUCUGAGCCAUCCCUCCAGCUCAGCUCCUCUCCCCUGCUGGUUCCCUCAUCAGCUGCUGCGUCUCUCCCAACCUGUGUGAGCCCUUUCACCUCCCUGUUGGUUUCCUCUUCAGCUGCUGCGUCUCUCCCAACCUGUGUGAGCCCUUUCACCUCCCUUCCGUCCGAUGGCAGUUCCCUGACAUCCACCUCCCCUCCAGGGCCCCCUUCACCCCUCUCGCCCUCCUCUACGGGCGGUGAGGAGGCAAAACCCCGGAAUGAACUUCCUUCAUCUUCCGAUGUCUCGAACACUUCUCUCAACCUGUUGCGGUUCCUGGUCUCGAAGUAUACCUCCUCCUCAGAGUCCAUCUCCCUUCCCCUUCCGAGUCCGGGAAUCCUUCCAACUCCUCCCCUUCAUCAGUGGUCCCAAAGUAUUCCCUCCGGAACCUCUCUACAGGCUGAGGUUUCCUUGGGAACCUUUGAUGGAACGUUUCUAUCAAUACCUCGUCAUUGAUAUCUUCAGCCAUUACCCAAGUGUUUUCUGACUCCGGUUCUCCUUCCCACGCUACCAAAUACUCCACCUGAUCCCCCUUCCACCUGGCGUCGAGGAUUUCUGCCACAUGGCUGCUGCAUUCUCUUUCUUCUACGACCGGUCCCCGAGUGGCCAGCCCUUCUCGUCCCCCUUCGUACGGUGACAGUAACGACCUGUGAAAUACUGGGUGCAGUUUCAUGUGGUUGGGUAACCGGAGCCUGAAAGCCACUGGGUUGACCUGUUGAAUGACCUCAAAGGGACCCAACCUCCUGGGUCUUAAUUUCUUACAACCUCCUUUGAACGGCAACCCUUGGGUUGACAGCCACACCCUAUCUCCCACCCUUAUGGUUUCACCUUCCCUUCGGUUCUUGUCUGCCUGCCUCUUGUAUUCUUCCUUCGCCCUUUCUAAGUUGAGUUGGAGCUGACGAUGGAUUGCUUCCAUUUCUUCCACAAAAUGCUCGGCUGCCGGGACGCUCCAUCUCUCCCCCUCUCCCACACGGAAAGCCCUGGGAUGACACCCAUAAUUAGCCAAGAAGGGGCUCAUCCCUGUGGACACAUUCUCGGCAUUGUUGUAGGCAAAUUCCGCCAGCGCCAACUUUUCUACCCAGUCAUUCUCUCUGUCAUUGACAUAACACCUCAGGUAUUGCUGGAGGACACCGUUUGCUCUUUCCGCCUGCCCGUUGGUUUCAGGGUGCCGGGCAGUCGAAAAAUUGACCUCCACCUGCAGUAAGCUCAUGAGCUUCCUCCAGAACCUGGAAGUAAAUUGUUUUCCUCGGUCUGAGACCACCCUCAAUGGCACCCCGUGCAACCUAAAAAUGUUUUCUACAAAUAACUUCGCUGUCUCUUCCGCCGUGACUGCAUGCGAGCAAGCUACAAAGUGGCACAUCUUUGUUAGUAGGUCUACCACCACCAUGAUGGCUGUUUUCCCUUUGGACUUCGGCAGAUCAGUCAUAAAAUCUAUCGACACUGCCUCCCAAGGUCGUUCUGGGGUUGGUAAGGGUUCUAAUAGCCCCGCCGGCGCCCGCCUUUCCCCUUUGGCUCGCUGGCAUUGCUCGCACCUUCUUACAUACUCACGUACAUCUUCCCUCACCUUAGGCCACCAAAAUUCCCUGGUGACCAACCACAUGGUUUUGUGUUGUCCAAAAUGCCCCGCCGUAGGGCUGUCGUGCAACUGCUUGAGUACCCUCCCACUUAAGUCUCCUUCAGGGAUAUACAGUGCCCCUUUGUAAUACAAAGCUCCAUUUCUUUCCUCGAAUCCACCUGCUUCCUCUCCAUCACCCCUAAGACCUCUGAGCUUAUUCUGGGCGUAUUCAUCAUUCUCUGUUUCCUCUACCAGUUCUCUUUGUCCCACCAAUGCCGCCCCACACACCCAGCGGUCUUCUGGAAUGACAUGUCUCUCUUCGGGUGCCUUGCUACCUUCAUUAUCAUUGGGACGGUCUGCAAGCUGACUUCUCCACCCAACAGCUCCCUGCCAUCGAUCGUGGUCACCUGCAGGGGGCUGCUUAAAGGGAUUGUCUGUAUCUGGUGUUCAGCUGCAAACUCUUUGCUCAUGAAAUUGCAGGAGCUGCCUGAGUCCAACAGCGCCUUUAUCUUUAGAGGGUGUCCGUUUGGCAGCUCUAGCGUCACUUCUAUCACUAGGGCGGGUUUAGGAGGUUCUGGCGUGGGCACUCUCACUGCUCUUUGGCCUGGCUGCUGUGCCCUGACAGUGGCAGCCAGGCGUUGGCUUUACUUGCUCCGGUAUAUUUUCCUCUCUUCCAUCCACAGCCCCUACCAUCCCUUGCCAUUCUUUCCUCUGGGGGCAGACUCUGGCAAAGUGACCUGGCUGUUGGCAGAGAUAGCAUUUCCGGGCGCCUUUUCCUCCUUCUUGCCCCUCACUGGGCUUUGAAACUGCGCGCGCGCGCGCUGUUCCGAUUUCCAUCGGCUCUGCCGGUGGGAAAGUUGGCUCUGGAAUGUCUGGAAUGCGGAACUCCUUCCAACGUUCCCCUUUCCCUUCCCGCCUCUCCAAUGCUCUCGCCUCCUGGCGCGCUCCUAUGGCCAGCGCUGAUUUGGUCAGCUGGUCCAUAGACUCCGCCCUGGGCGCCCGGGAAAGUUCGUCUUUCACAGCCGAAGAAAGCCCUUCUUCAAAGAGCAUUUGAAUGGGUUCCGCCGAUAAGUCCCACCCCAAUCUGUGAACAAGCAUGGUGAACUCAGUCCAGUACUCACGGACAGAUCGGCUCCCUGUUUGCAACCCAUUAACUGUCUGCGCACCACUCCCUUUUCAAUAUCGCUGGAAAACAUCAGAUCCAUGGCGCGAAAGAACUUCAUCGUGUCUUUUAAGACGUCACUAUUCGCUGCCAUCAGGGGUCUAACCCAGUCUCUCCCCCCCUUUUCAAGAUGCUCAAUCACGAAAGCCACUCGUGAUUCCUCGUCAGGGAAUUCAUCAAACUGCAGAUUGAGGGCAUAUUGCAUUUCUGUCCGAAAACCAUGAUAGUUUUGGGCUCCCCCAAACUUCUGCACCAAUCCUGGUACCUUUCUGGCGAACUGGGUGGCUUUCCCCUUUUGUCUGCAUCCUGAGCCCUCCUCUCCUCAAGCCUCGCCGUCUGCAUCGCUAGCUGGACCUCCAACAUCUGGUACCUUUCUUCCAGGCUUGGACCCGCUCCAGCUCCUGCUUCUCCGGUUCCGGCUGGGUUGCUCAUGAUACCUUCUCCUGCACAAGCUGCUUUCAAAGACUGUCGGAAUGCUGUGAUGGGAUGAUAAGCUGCUUGUGCGUAAAAUCGUAUCCCCUCAGAGUUUGUUCAAGUCCACAAACCUCUAUCUGUGACAGAGCCCCUCAGACAUGGCUACUCUAGUCACUAGCAGAUUCCGACAGUGGUUGCUUUCGUAAUCGCUUCCAACAUAAAAGCUCCUUAACGGAAACACGUCUUCUGGAAUCUCUGCGUGACAGUUUCCGGCGAGGAGUGGGUGUUCUUACAGGAGGUCCUGAAACCUCUCCACUGUUUUCGCUGGAAGUGUCUCUGAGCCAUCCCUCCAGCUCAGCUCCUCUCCCCUGCUGGUUCCCUCAUCAGCUGCUGCGUCUCUCCCAACCUGUGUGAGCCCUUUCACCUCCCUGUUGGUUUCCUCUUCAGCUGCUGCGUCUCUCCCAACCUGUGUGAGCCCUUUCACCUCCCUUCCGUCCGAUGGCAGUUCCCUGACACUUGAUUAUAAACAUUACAGUAAAAAAAACAAAAAAAAAAGUUCUGAGUUAUAAUCCCAAAUAUAUGAAAAUGAUACAGUCAGUUGGAGUGGCAGUUUUGAAGGUAUGAGGCAGCCAGGGUAUUCAUCGACUUGCGCAAACCUUCUCCGGUGUGAAACUGCAACCGUUCAGAGGCAGCUGGACUCCUCCUCCCAUCAUCAGCCACGGCUAGCAUGGUCAGGAAUGAUAGGGGUUUCAGUCCAAAAACAUUAGGAGGACCAUGGAUUCCUGACCCCCUGCUUCCUUGAAUCUUAUUCUGGACAAAUAAGUGAACCUUUUUAUGCAACUGUUCUGUUCAUUUUAAGUCGAAGGACAAUACCUCCCCCUCCCCCCCCCCCGCCUUGAGCAUUCAGAGUAGAAAGUGUCUUCCAUUUCUGCAUAAUUGUAAUGUUUGGUAAGUGAACUGGUGCCUUUUCUGUAAGCUCAUAUUUACGUAAUAAUUUCUCUGAACAGGUUUGAAAAUGGGUCAGCGUAUUAUCAUGAAGAUGACCGUGAGGGCCUUUUAAAAGUCUGCAGACUCAUGAUUCACUCGCGCUAUGAAGACUAUACAACGGAAGGCUUUAAAGUGCUGUAUAACAAGCAGCCUGUUAUAUACAUUAGCUCUGCAGCCAGAGCAGGCUUGGGACAAGCUCUUUGCAAUCAGGUAAAAUGGAACUUUUGGGGUCUUAUCUGUAAGUGACACUUUCUUUAUCAUGUUGUCCCCUUAGCUGGUUUCAUUACGCAUCUAUACUUUCUGUUGAAAUAUCCUUGCAUCUGUGAAAUAAACUUGUGUCCCUUACUCACAUUCAGAUGGUAUAUUUUAUUCUGAUGUCCUGUUGUUGCAGAAUGUUAUAGCUGAGGGAGCUCCGAAGGUUAUUUGGCCUGCCUGCCUACAUUCACAUAGAAUGUUCUGUAUUCCACUUAGUAUGACCGCAACCCUGCAUACAGGUUGGCUUCAGUGGGAUUUAACUCACCUGACUGGAUGCAGAAUUGCAGCCUAUAUCUUAUCCAAGUUAAGGUGCUUGCCAUUGUACCUACUGAUGGGAGCCAGUGUAGUGUGAUGAGACCCCUGGUUGACUCUGAAUCCAAUGUGGAUGCCCCCCUGCCCUGCCCCCAAUUCCUUCAGGCAGGCUGUUGUUUCGUUUUUAAUUAAGGUCCUUGGCAUGUGUUCAUCAGUUUAAACUUUUUAUGUUGUUUCUUCAAAUAAAAAGCUUAGAGGCUGCUUGUGGGGAGUGUGGGAUGGCUUCAUGGCUGUCAGAAGGAAGAGCCAAUCAGCACUCAAUAUAGGCUGCUUAUGCUGGAAAUGGGAAAAACCGAUGGCUUCUGAGCUCAAUUCAGUUUGUAAAAUUAGACAUCUGGCCCAAAAGAGCUGUGCAGUCCACUGGGGGCUCACUGCUCAAGAUAUAAAUAAAAAAAAUUUUAAAAAUUGUCUAGUGUAUCUGAAACAGUGUAUCUGAAAAAGUGUGCAUGCACACAAAAGCUUAUACCCAGAACAAACUCACUUGGUCUCUAAGGUGCGACUGGACAAUUUUUUAUUUUUUUUAUUCAUUUCGACUGCAUAAGACCAACACGGCUACCUACCUGUUCAAGAUACGUAUACAUAGAACUUAAUGACCUCCCUGCUGUGACACACUUUACCUGUGCCAGGUGGUCCUUCUCUCAGAUUUCCACAUAUGAACCAAGGUUGGGUCCGUUGCAUUUCAGUUCUUUUUGAACCUCAAAGUUAUGGUUAACGUCAGUGGCAGUUUUCUUUUCUGCCAUGGCAUACCUCCUCACUUAAAUUACACACACAUUAUACUUCAUCAGUUUAGAUUUCUCAACUUUACUUUUGUUUACAUGUUGAGAAGCAUAAUAGUGCUUUGACCCCUAUCAGAAAGGUUGCCAGCUGGGUAUUCCACUAAAAGGGCAUCACAACGGAUAAGGCCCAUGGCUAAAUUGCCAUCUCCUUCCCCACCCACCCCGCAACAGUAUCUCUGGCCAGACUGUCACCUACUGGGAAAGGUGGUCCGGAAAGUGUUUAGACCCCCAGCCAUUUAGGGCUUUAUAAAUUAGUGACCUUAACCUGUGUUUAGAAACAGUGCAGAUCAUGGUGAAUGGUUGCAACAUGGCUCUGAAUAAGCAGAUCUGAAUAAGCCCAUCUUAGCCUUCUUCAAAAACAUGCACAAACAUGGAAACCUGAAACGCUCGGAUCACAUUAGGGAUAUAACUUCUGUCUCGUCCCUCUGCAGCUUGGUUUGCCUCUUUCCUGUAUGUGCCGGGUGCCUUGUAACACCAUGUUUGGAUCUCAGCAUCAGAUGGUAAGUUUGAGCAGAAGCAGCAGCACACGGCCUUGUUCCAUUUGUGUACAUAAAUAAUUGUUCCCUCCUUUGCUUGGUGGCAGGAUGUUGCUUUGCUGGACAAAUUGAUUAAGGAGGACAUUGACUCUGGAAAGCUACCAAUAUUGCUAGUGGCCAAUGCUGGUAGGUAUCUUUAGCAGAUGAAAUUUGACUACUACUUCCCCGCCCCCGCCCCAUGCACUUUCUCGCCUACUCUCAAUAGAACCUCAAAUUUCUAAUUUAUAGAUAGAAUGCUGUUAACUGACUGCUUUAUAUCUGAGUUGCCAGGCUUGGUCCUAGUUUUCACAAAGGUAGCAAGCCAGUGUCUGGGCUGUUCCACUUCACAUUUGCAGGUGGGGGCUCCCAUGAUGGAAUGCCCCUCCACACUCACUAACUAAAUAACCUGACUAUGAAGUCUAGAAGCCUCUCUUCUUUUAAAUGAGAGCUAGGAUUGUGCCCACAGCAGAGAGGGAGGGAGAGUAGGGAAACCUAUGCUUCUCUGAGUUAAACUGGCCUCAGGCAUGGGAGUGCUAGCCAGUGCCCAGAUGACAGCACCAGGAGUAUUCCAAAGAGGGAGAAGCUCCCACUCUGGUCCCUCUCAUUGCAACAUUAAUUAGAUUCUGGGUGGGGCCUGCAUGCAGCAGCGCAGCUGAGCCACACACCAAGUCUCAGUGGGGCUGGUUGACCGCACCCCUGGCUAUUCCUUUCUCAGCACCCCCAUAUGCUAGGUACAAAAAAAGAUGCCUGCUGAAGGUGGGGGAUCUUGGUUUCCCAAAAAUUAGGGCUCAGAUGGUCACUGAGUUGCUUGGACAGUUGAAGUGCUCCAUGCAAACAUUCUUAUCAAAAUAAAGCCCCCAUUUAUGGGCACCGUACUGUUAAAAAAACACACAAGGCUACUGGAGUGUAGCUUGAGGCAGGACAAGCGCAUCAGCUGGCUGGAAAGGGAAGCCAUGCUCUCAUGUCUCCACCAUGUGUUGACUGGGAGGCAAAUAUUCCUUAACACAGGAAGCCUGCCUUGGGGCAGUUGUUGCUAAAGGAGUAUUGGAAAAAGAAAAGACUGAACGCUGCACUACUUACUGUAAAACUUUACUUUGUUGAAAUGGAAUUCCAACUAAUUCUGAGCCUAACAAAGUGCCAUGUUAAGUGGCUGCGGCCGUUAGUGACAUCUUUUUUGCAUUUGGAUUGUUCUUUUUCCCUUUCAAUGCAGGUACACCAGGAGCAGGGCACACAGACAAACUUGGGCGACUGAAAGAACUCUGUGAGCAGCACGGCAUGUGGCUACAUGUCGAAGGGUACAGUGCCAUUUUAAUGUAAUGUUAAGUUGACUAACUGUGCAUGAGAUCCCCAUGAAGGUAAAUAACACGUGCACAAAUGGCAUGGCCAGGUUUGUGCAUGGUUUUGCAUCUAACUUCUUCAUUAGUCACUCCCCAUCCUGAAUUACAAUCCCCUUUUAAAAAUCUCCUAAACUAAAAACAAGUGAAGUGACUGUAAAAAAGGAGAAGGCAAGAGAUGCCAUUUUUUAAAAAUUGGGGAGAUUUUGAUGAACAGGUUUUCACAGAGCUGUUUCAGGGAGAGUUUUAAAGGACAGCACAGUGCUGUACAAGAGCUACCUCUGUUGAGAAGAAGGGUUUUACCUAUAUUGCCAAUGUGCAAUGCCAUCCCUAAGAAAAGGAGUAUGCCAGACUGCAGCCAACUGAGCAUGCUUUGUCGCCCCACCACGGCCCAUGGUUCAUAAAGACAUUCCAAAAAGCCUAUUUCGUUGCUGUGUAUUUGUGGAAAACAGAGACACAGGAAACUGCUUUGUGCUAAGCCAGAUGCUUCUUCUGCGACAGGUUUACAAACUGGAAUGAAGUUACAAAUGAAGUAGGCAGACAGAAACAUUAAAAUCUAGCCCUUAACCUGGGGUAGGCCACCUAAGGCCCAUGGGCCACAAACGGCCCACGGGGGUCGUUAUCCGGCCCAUGAGCCACCCCCGAACCGAGCUGCCCACUCCAUGAGUCCCCACGCGCUGUGCUAAAUUGGUGCAGCGCAGCACGGGGACUUGCUUCUGUGGCGUUGAAAAUUGUGUUUGUGCAUGCGCAGACGCCAAAAAUUGCAUCCGCACAGACACCGAAAAUCACGUCAACGCAGACGCCAGAAAUCACGGGGGGGGGGGGCGCUCAUGUGCAUGCGCAAUCCAGCCCACUGAGAGAUUUCUGCUGGAGUGAACCGGCCCAGGCAAGGUAAACCUUGCCGACCCCUGCCUUAUCCACUAACUGGAUUAAAACAAAGUGUCUCUUUCAGAUCCAGAAUCUUGGAAUAAAUUCUACAGUAUUUGCAUUAAAUAUACACAUACAGCUUCCCUAAGUACAGAAUCAUAAAAUAUUUAAAAUGAAACUAAAGCGAAAUGUUAGCAUUUAGAGAAGGGAAGGAAUAUCCAGUGUAAUCUAAAACUGAGUUUUCUUGUUUCUUUCAGGGUGAAUUUGGCUACUUUGGCUUUGGGUUAUGUCUCGUCAUCUGUACUGGUAUGUUUCUGCUUUCUUCAGUGUGGGUUUAGGGCUGGUUUGGGGACUGAAUUUAUUCUGUCUCUUUUCAGACCAUUGAUCAUGAUAUCCUCCUGAACCGACUGUUCAAGAUGGGUUUUAGAGGUGCAGUGGUUUCAUUAUACCUACAGUCAAGUCCAGAUAGUAACGUUAGGGGAGUGCUUUUUUACUCCCUUGAACUUGUGCUAUGGGGUCCUGCAGGGCCCUCUUUUUGGUCCCCAGUGUUAUUUAACAUCAACACGAGGCCAUUGACAGCAGUCAUUUCAAGUUUUGGUUCAGGUGUUGUCAGCGUAUUGACAGCAAUAUACUGAUGACAGGCAGCUCCAUUUCUCCAUUGGUAACUUCAGCUCUGAGCUACUUCAAAGUGAGGCUGCCUUGGCCUGGAAGCCCCAGCUGCUAAACCACUGGUGAAGAUAGAUAACCAACAGCAUGCAACACCUCUGUUGAAACAUCUGCAGUGGCUGCCCAUAUGCUCCAGGUUCAGGACUCAUAUUAAAAUACAAAGCCCUGAAGAACUUGGAUUCAAAAUACCUUAAAGACUGCCUUCCCCUUAUAUCCCAACUUGAUCACUGAGAUCAUCUGGAGGAUGUCCUCUGUGUUUCUGAGGCCCAGCUGUCUUCAGCUAGAAGUCAGGCAUUUAGUGUUGCCAAAUUCCACAAAAGUGGACUGCUCUUCCAGCAAAGAUCCAGGAGGCAUCCUUACUGCUAAUUUUCAGGUGUCUCCUAAAUACCUUUUUAUGCCAACAGGCCUCUGAAUUUGUUUAAUCCCCACCCCAAGUUGAGCCAGUCAUUUUCAUUAUUGUUUACUUUUUUUUAGGCUGGUCUCUCAUUUUUAGAAGUUUGGCUCAUGGGUUCCAUUGUUUUGAGUUGCACUCAAAUAAUAUAACUCUGCCUUCCUUUCUGCAGGCCGCAACCAAAUGUGACAGCAUGACCCUGACUCUGGGGCCCUGGCUAGGUCUCCCAGCAGUGCCUGCAGUGACUCUCUACAGACAUGAGGAUCCUUCUUUGGUAAGCUUAUUUCUUUGUAUAUAUGCUCACUGCUUGAUCCAAACUCCAAAAGGUUGGCAACCCCUGCAUCCACCCUGAAUUUUUCACAUACGAUGGAAUAACAAAUCCAGCAAAAAGUAAUGAAUGCAAAUAUGUUGUUGUUUUGUUCACAGUCCUUGGUUGCAGGCUUGACCUCUAGCCAGGCAGUUGAGAAGCUGCGUGCUCUGCCUCUGUGGCUCUCCUUGCAGUACCUUGGACACGAUGGGAUUGUGGAAAGAAUAAAACAUUCAUCUCAGCUGGUAAGAAGUUUGGCAUUGCUUUGGCUCUUGUGCAUCUCCAUGGAUGAGCUGGCAUUUCACGUUUUACGUACAUAGUGGUGUUGCUGCAUUCUCAGUCUCCAGCCAAAGAAGAGAUGAGUUAUUUGUGUGUGUCAUAUGUGUGCGUGAGAUGUAACACAGGAUACCUGUAAAUGGGUCACAGAAAGUGUUUUUUAUUUUAUUAUCCAUCAAAACAGCCAUGUAGGGCUGAUUUUGGCCAGAGAAAAAAUGUUAGGAAAGGAGAUUUUAAGUUUUCCUUCACACACCUUUGCCCUGAUCUGAAUUCCUCCAAGUAGCUAUUGGCCCUCUUUGGGGGCAGGGCAGAGGAAGAAAAUACAGCUGAGUGUUUUUGUUUACAGAAAAAUCCCCAGUGGAGAUAACAGAGACUUGGGGGGGAGUCGGGCUUUAGAUUGGGGAAAUGAUGCAAACAAAGACAUUUAAAGACCCAUCUUCAUAUGCUGCUGCUCCAUUCAAAACUAGGGUCUUUGACAGCUGCUUUGAAGUAAGUUUGUUCAAGCACAGAAAUCUAAUCAUAGGUCCGUCACAUAAUUUAUCUAAGUCUUGUAAUAUAAUGAUUCACUAUUUGAAGGAGGCAGCUGACCAAACAUUUAUGGUCUACAGCUUCUCCAUGUUCCCAAGGAGAAACCAAGGUGGUGGAGCAGAGCAGGGCUUGAUUGGCAAACUGCAAAUGGUCGCUUAUAUAUGAGCUUCCAGUAGAGGAAGUCUUUUACAGGCUUCGUAUAAUUGUUUGCCAACCCUCUGGUGGUGAGAGCGUGAAACAGUUGACACAUCUUGUCACCAGUUCGGAAAGACAUUGGCCACUGCCUUCCUGCGCUUGGGGCCUUGCCCUUUUGAUCAUGGGCCUGCAUGCUGCAGUGAGUCACCGCUGUGCGUUUUCCCAAGGCACUUCCUGUCAUAAAAGGUGUCAGGAAGUAGGGCUGACAUCAGCAGGAUUUUUUCCUUUUAGUUGCUGCUAUUUUCUGUAUUGUUUUAAACGGCCUCUUAGCUGUUGUAUUCUGUACAGCACCUUUGAGAUGUGGGUGGGCCAUGAUUAAUAAAUGAACAAUCAGGCACUUGUUAAACCUUGGCAGAGGGACUGCUGCUCAUCUCCCCCUGCCUCUUGUGCUACAGCCUCACUCCUCCUUGCUUUGCUGUCUGCUGACCUGCCUUCCCCAAAUGUGAAAGCAACAGCAAGACCAAAGAGAACAUGCAGGAGCAGCAGCAGCAGCAGCAGCAGCCUCCACUUGCCUUGUGGAGCAGUGAGGCAGAUUGGGACCAGAAGAGGAAGAGCAAGGGAUUGGGCAGGGGUGGCAGUGGGAAGGAGGAGGAGAGGGUGGCUGGGGGGGACCCCCUUAAGGCAUCUUGUCCCAAAAGCCCCAAGAGUCAACCCUGAUGGAAAACCCCAGCUGAUGGAGGCGGGGGCGAGUGUUGGCCAUAAUACCUCAUUGUUUUUAGCUGCUUAGUGAGUCAUUUUCAGUCCCCUGCCGCCUCCCCACAACAUCUCUAAAAGCUGUUAAAAAAGAAAAGAAAAGCCUGAUCAGGCCUUCCUUUUUUCCCUCCUUUCCUUGGUUUUGGAAGUGGUCUUUUAAGUAUCCAGCUGGCAAAGAUGACUGGCACCUGCUCUAUAUUGUUCUUGCUGCUUGGAGAAAGUUCUCUUGUUAUCCCCCUUCCCACUGGCAUUAGUGUGUGAUGUCCACCCUUACCAGUACAUUCAGUUAUCACCGUUGAAGGGAUACACUUUCCCCACUUAUACUCAGGACAGUUGCAUGUACUUGGGUGGGUACGCGUUGUCCUUUUUAAUGAGCACUGGAUGAGCAUCUUGCGUAUUUUGUAUUGUCAUUUGUUUUAUAUUUUUUUCUGGUUUCAGUUUGCUUGUCGUUGAUUUAUUCUGUCAAGUCAACUUGAAACACCUUCUUUUGUAUUAAGUGGCUGAGAAAUGUUAAUGAUGAUGAUGAUCCGUAAUACAGUGGUACCUCGGGUUGCGGACGGGAUCUGUUACGGAGCUCCGGUUGAAUCCUGAGGUUUUCGCUACCGGAGGUGCUUGUUGUGCGCAUGCGCGCAGCGCGGUAGAGCACUUCUGAACAUGCGCGUGUAGUGAAACCCGGAAAAAUACUUCCGGGUUUGCUGUGUUCGCAUCCUGAAGUUUACGUAACCAGAGGGUUAUGUAACACGAGGUACUACUGUACUUAAGGGGUGCCCUCAUCAGAGCCCUCAGAAACCACCCUUUGUGUAUGCAGUAAUUGACCAAAAGCCAGUAGAGGUGAACAGUUUGUGUUGCUAAGGAACACGUCAUCCUAGGAAGACUGUGAAUAUUGCUCUGCUUUUUAAUAAUUUAAUUGAUUCUUAGAAAAUCUUCAUGCUGCAGCUUUCAGGCUUCCCAACAGGGGCCAUUUAGGAAGCUUUAUAGGUGGCUGCAAGAGCAGCCUACUUGUCUUUUGACCAGGGGGAGUGGUGGUGUUGAUGACUUGAGGCGCUUUUAAAUUAAAGCAGCUAAAGGCAAAUUCAUGUUGCCAUUUAUCAUUUUAUGUUGCAUUUUUUAAAAAAGUGUGAAGUGCUUUAGGAUCUUGAUUUCAACCUCACAAGGACUCGUUGAGCAAAUUUGUUGUUAUUCCAUUUACAGAUGAUGGAGGGACCACUAAGACUAGUCUGCAUCUUAGAUUGAUUCUGGCUUGCCACUACAAAUUUAAAUCUUGAUCGAGCUGUCACACCCAUCAAGAAUUUAAUGAGUUUUGUAAUGCUUAUGUAGUUGUUGUUUGUUUAAUCUCUUUCCCACUCCCAACUUUCAUCUACUCUUUUAGAGUCAACGGCUGUUGGAAAACUUGAAGAAUCAGGAUUUUAUUAAAACCUCAGUAAGUUUUCCUUUUGCACCUUAAUUUUUUAAAACAAUAGCAAUAAUAUAUUAAGCCCAUAACCCACCCUAUCUUCUUGCCACAUUCCUGUUUCAGCUUAGGAAAAGUGGUCUUGUUGCAUAUAUAGUACAGUGACAACAGUGGCAGACCUUGAGGUCUCAGAUUUCAGUGGUGCCCUGUGCGACGCCAAAAUUUGGCACCCCCUCCCCGCCUCUCACGCUCCAUUGCAAAUCAUAGUUGCAACGUCCCUGCAGUGCCCCUGAGGCUCGACGCCCAGUGCAACUGAACUGGUCACACUUCCCUAAAUUCACCUCUGGUGACAGAUUUUAGACAAAAUCCAACGCAAACAGGCAUGGCCUUCUAACGAAUCUGGACGGUUGUGUAAAGAAGUAUGUUUGAAACCCUCUGUGAUUCUUUGCCUGCAUAAACUGAGCUGUGGGUCUGGGAUAAUAACACCUGGCAUAAGUGGGAGGUGUUUUACCACCUUGGGGAAUUCAGUGGGUCUUACACUUGGGAAAAGGCUUAUUGGAUUGCAGCCUUGGUUUUUAUAUUUUGCUUUAUCACAUUUAUAGCCUACCUUUCUUCCAUGAAGCUCAAGGGUGGCAUAUUCUCUUUGUCCCUAUUUUAUCCCCACAACAACUCUUGAGUCAGGUUAGGCUGCAAGAUUGUGGCAGGCCCAAGGUUACCCAGGGAGUUCCAUGGCUCAGCAGGGACUUGAACCCUGGUCUCGCAGAUCCUAGUCCAACUCUGUAAACCACUAAGCCACGCAGGCUGUCUUUCAAAUCUGGUAUCUUGGUUCUCUUGCAAUUUGAAUGUUAGCACUAAUGCCAGUUGUGGUAAUGACAUGGGCCCUAGAGAAUUAAUUUUCUGUACACAGCCUUAAGAUGCUCUCGCAACAUUUUGGAACGUGGGUUUUAUUUUUAUUUUUAUUUUAAUGUCCCAUUUCUAAGGUUGAAGAUGAACUUGGCUCUCCUGUGGUGGUAUUUAAGUUUUCCCCAGAACUGUCACCUAUAGGUGAGUAGAGUUCAGUGAAAAUACAUUAUAAUCACAGAUAACAUUGCUUUUGUUGGUUUUUAUUAUGAACACGUUUGAAAUUUGAAUUCUUAUAAAAGAGAUCUGUUUUGACUAAAAUAAUAGCAAACACAAGUUCUUUCAUUUUGUUGGAUGGGUGUUAAUAUCAAUAUUGAACUUAAAACCCUAUUUUUGAAGUUUAGUCAUCUGUAUUCCCCCCCACAAUAGUCUCCUUCCUUGGAAGUUUUUAAGCAGAGGCUGGAUGGCCAUCUGUCAUGGAUGCUUUAACUGAGAUUCCUGAAAUGCAGGGGGGUUGGACUUGAUGAGCCUUGGGGUCCCUUCCAACUCUACAAUUCGAUUAAUCUUCCCACCCCACCCCACCCCAGCUUUUCUUCAAAGGUGCUUCAGAGGCUGCAGCUUUGAACAGAGGACUGUUUCCCUACCAUAAAAGUCUGGGGUCUUUUAAAAAGCAGAUUUGCUGUUGAAUCCACUUUAAUUCUGCAAACCCAAGAGUUGUAUCCAAUGAAGUUUCAUUCAGAGUACACCCACUUAAAUUAGUAGACCUAAAUAUGUAUGCCUUGCUCAUUAAUUUCAAUGAGAAGAACUGCUCUGAGAAUAACUACUGUUGGGAACAACCCUACAUUUCUGAUUUGGAUUUGAAUCCCUCCCACAAAAUACUGACAGUCUGGAGGGCACUUCAAAGGCAGGAUACAACUGUAACAAUAGCAGAUCCGUGUCAUUUAAUCACUUGCUAAAAGUUCAAAUAAAUACAACUGUCUUCCUAGGGCAAAUAUUUGGCAACUUGUAUCCUGUGGGUGUUUCCUUUCUAAUAUGCAAAAUUAAAGUGGGUGGUUGUCUUCUUUUUCUAAUGAUAAGCUUCAAGCACAGCAUUUUUACAUGCAUUACAGUGAAUUUUAGCUCUGGAGCAUAAAAAGGAAUGAAAAUGCAAUUUACUGUAGAAUCAGUUAAGAGGUCAUUCUUAAGAUAUGGUUUGAAAACACACAGGAUCACUUUUUGCUACGGAAAAUAAAGGAACACUAGUUGGAGCAGCUAAUACGUGCAACCUGUACCCAGUUUUAGUCAUACUCAGAGUAGACCUAUUAAAAACGAAUGGGCCAUAAUUUCAGUGGGCCUACUCUGAGUAUGACUUGGCUGGUUACAGCCCAUAAAUGUCAGAGCUCUCCCCAAUCUCAUGCAUUAUUCCUGUGGACAAUUCCUGUCACAUUUUCGCAUUCUCCCCGAUGCUCUCCCCGAUGCUUUUCAACAUUUUUAUGCGCCCCCUCGCCCAGCUUGUCCGGAGUUUUGGGCUGGGUUGCCAUCAGUAUGCCGAUGACACCCAACUCUAUCUGUUGAUGGAUGGCCAUCCUGACUCGGCCCCAGACACACUGACCAGAUGUUUGGAAGCUGUGGCUGGAUGGUUACGUGGGAGCCGGUUGAAGCUAAAUCCUUCAAAGACAGAGGUCCUGUGGCUGGGACGGGACGAUAUGGGAUUGGGGGGGCAACUCCCAUCUCUUGCGGGGGCGCAAUUAGUGCCAGCACCGUCCGUUAAGAGUUUGGGUGUAAUCUUUGACACCUCCCUUUCCAUGGAGGCGCAGAUUGCAGCUAUAACAAAGGCGGCAUUUUUCCAUCUCCGCCAAGCUAAGCAGUUGGCUCCUUGCCUCUCUCGCCCUGACCUAGCCACUGUGAUCCACGCGACGGUCACCUCCAGACUGGAUUAUUGUAACUCACUCUACGUUGGGCUGCCCUUGAGACUGACCCAGAAACUCCAGCGGGUGCAGAAUGCUGCAGCGAGACUCUUUACGGGGUAUUCGCUGCGAGAUCACAUUCACCCGGUGCUAUACCAGCUGCACUGGCUCCCGGUGGAGUACAGGAUCAGGUUUAAGGUGCUGGUUUUAACCUUUAAAGCCCUAUACGGCCUAGGACCCUCGUACCUACAGGACCGCCUCUCCUGGUAUGCCCCACAGAGAAACUUACGGUCUUCAAAUAAAAACAUCUUGAAGGUCCCAGGCCACAGAGAAGUUAGGCUGGCCUCAAGUAGAGCCAGGGCUUUUUCGGCUGUGGCUCCGAUCUGGUGGAACACUCUGUCACAAGAGACUAGGGCCCUGCGGGACUUGACAUCUUUCCGCAGGGCCUGCAAGACAGAGCUGUUCCACCAGGCCUUUGGCCAGGGCACAGCCUGACUCUCUCCCUCGGCAAUCUUCGCAGAGCUCUGGCCCAAUGGUUGCCAGUGGCUUGAUUUGAAUUAAUUUUAUAAUGAAUGAUUUUAGAGUGUUGUUUGUGCUGUACUUUUGUACUGUUUUAUUGUUGUUAGCCGCCCUGAGCCCGGCUUCGGCUGGGGAGGGCGGGAUAUAAAUAAAAUUUAUUAUUAUUAUUAUUAUUAUUAUUAUUAUUAUUAUUAUUUAUUAUUCAAAGCUGCCAUAAGUCUCUUGUAAAUUUAGAUUAUGUGUGGUUUCAAAUCAGAGUCAGGUCAAGCAUUUGUUACGACCUGUGCAUCAAAGUGCUGAACACGUUGUGCUUCAAAACCUAAACCUUCCAAACUUAAGUUCUUGGUUCCAUGUCCAAAAAGUGCAUUAUAUAAAAUAUGAAGAUAUGAAUGUUCACUUCUGUAUCAGUUCAAGGGAGAAAAGUAGGAUGAAUGAAUUAUUCUUUAGCAUCAGCCAAAAUGUUUUUAACUCAGGAAAUUCAGUUUCCCUUUUUCUUUGAAUUCAGAUCAUAUGUUACAUUCUGCCCAAACACCUACAAUUACUGGCAAUGAGAGAUACAUUUGUGAUACUUUUAAUCAGUGGGUAAGUAUUCUUCCUUAUCUCUUCAUAGGCAUGCCAGACAUCGGUCAAUCAAACAUUUCAAGUAUAAUCACUGACCCCUUUGUGCAGAGGAAAACAAUCCCAAUACACGCUGCUUAUGUCAGGUCUUUUGUCUGACAAGCAUUUCAUUUGAACGGCUUGAGUGGGUUCUAAAAUUUACUGAUUCAGUACAGGAGCAGCUGCUAUAGUGUCCCAAAAGCAACAUCCAACCCUGUACACUCUAUGUCAGGCAUAGGCAAACUCGACCCUCCAGAUGUUUUGGGACUACAGUUCCCAUCAUCCCUGACCACCUGUCCUGCUAGCUAGGGCUCAUAGGAGUUGUAGGCCAAAAACAUCUGGAGGGCCGAGUUUGCCUAUGCCUGGUCUAUAGUGUUACAACAGAGCAUAGACAUGGAGGCAGCUCUUGGUGACCUGGCCUUGAUUGAUUGAGUUUACUUAUAUGCUUCCUUUUCAAAAAGAGCUGUGCCCAUAGCAGCUUACAGGCUUGUUUUCUGUGCCCUCAAUUAUUGUGUUAAUCUUCCCCAUGAGGUCACGCUGCUGUUGGGAGCAGUACAUUCCACCUGGUCUGCUUUCUGAACUUGGGGAUGGGGCUCAGAAUAGCUAAUCCUUUUCCCCCCAGUUACGUGUACAAGCAGUCUGAUUCCGAACAGGCUUUUAGAGAGAAGAUGGUUGAUGGUCAAGAUUCCUACGGCAGAAACUAGGGGGACAGACCAAAGCAUGACGCAGCAGCACUCGCAGAAGCUUAGCAGAUCUGGAGGCUCAUGUGUUACUUGGAUGGGAAUCCCAUGUACGUUACCAUGAGCAGGGAGGCCCACAAUUUGGGACUGGCCUCAGUAGCCAAGCAGAACGUUGUGGUUGCCUCUUUCUUCCCUUUUGGUGGUGUGGCUUUCAAGGCACAUCUGCUGAAUUGGAACCCUGCAUGGUGUGCUCUCAGGUGGAACCAAGGGCAUGGUCUCUUUGACCCUGGGGAAUUAGUUCUGAGCCUUAGAGCUGAUUUAUAUUGAAACAGAAGAUUAAACAUAAGGCAGUGCCUAGUGUUUUUUGUUAUAUUUUUGUUAUAUUUUCAUGUAUGUAAAAUACCCUCCUAUUGGGUUUUUCUAGCUGCUGUAACGUUAUUUGCUUUUAUUUAUUUAUUUAUUUUAAAAAAUUAAAAAGCUAAGCUGGGACCAAGGAAGCUCUGCCUAUCUUUCUCAUGGGAAAAGGAGGCACAGAGCUUGCCCAUCCUUCUGACCCACAACUUGCCAUGACCAAGCAGCAGCCAAGGAACACUGCUGCCCCCCCCCACCUCCCUGCUUCUGGAGCAAGAAAGGCUGGCAGACUGCAUGGCCAGGGCAUUCUGAUUGCUUUGACAAUGCAGCAGCCAAACUACCCCAGCCUUCCUUAUAACUCCAGGGAUGCAGAAAGGGUGGGGAUUGCUUUGCAGUUGCUGGAAAGACACACGCACACGCACACGCUAUUCUGAGGCUGGGAAGAUGGCUAAGACUCCUUGAGCUGAGCAAAAACCACAACAGAAACUAAGCAAUGUGGAGCAAAAAAGGGGGACUGACUGGGAGUAGUACAUAGGUAGAUGAGGGAGAAAAAGGGGAGGAGUAAAUAAGUUAUGAGUAAUGGGUGAUCAAUAACACCCCUUUAAUCUUGCUUUGUCUCAUCAGCUGGGAGAGCAGUUGUCUCAGUUGGUGCCUGCCAGUGGAGUUGACUUGGUAGAACUGGAGGAUGAAGGCGCUUGUGUGCGUUUUAGCCCAUUAAUGACUUCUGCAGGUAACUGGACACAUUUGACUAAAUUUUUUUUUUGGGGGGGGGGGAGGGGGUUGUUGCAAUCCAUAUACAGGCAGUGACCAUUUCACAGGGGGAUUCCAUUCUUGACCACCGUGUGCAUUGGCGGAGUGCUCCUAAGUGCCCCCCACUCUGUUACGCCCUGUUCUACCCUCAUCUGGUUCCAGAAGGCCCCAGAUGUCUGUGAUCUUGCAUCAGUUGUAGCCUGUAUGUUAUUUGGGUCAUACCCAACUUUGAGUCUUAGCCAGUGUUCAAAACUCCUAUUGUUCUAGACACAUUUUGCAACAGAGAAUUUUAUUAGCGCAGGCAGUUUCUGAGCUGUGGGCACAGUAUUGCGCCUAAGAUUUCAGUUUGAAACUGCAGAGUGGAAGGAAAGGAGGACCUUUUUCUGCCUCCCCACUUCCAGCUACUCUCUGAAGACUGGAGAAGAGACCCUCUAAAGAAUAUUAGGGGGGUGGGCAGAGGAAGGACUAAACCAUGUGAAAAAUGAACUUAAUAUUUUAGCUGCAGUUCAUUCAUUUUCAGCUUUGUAUUCUUGUUAUAAAAAAGCACGCCUAGACAUUCCAUUGUUGUGCCCAUAACCUAGAAUUAAGGUACUAUUUAGCUCCUAGCUUUCAUACCUCAGUUUCUAACAUUGGUCUUAGCUAACCUACUUAAAACACCACCACCACAUAUGAGUGAAAUUACUCAUUUCCUUUUUUUUUUCUAUUAAAAUUGUUACUCUUUAAAACUCCCUGGAGACCGCGCCAGAUACAUUAUGAAAACCUGUAUUCCUGUAUAUAAACCACAACUUAUAAUAGUUGUUGUUGUUGUUUAGUCGUUUAGUCGUGUCUGACUCUUCGUGACCCCAUGGACCAGAGCACGCCAGGCACUCCUGUCUUCCACUGCCUCCUGCAGUUUGGUCAAACUCAUGUUGGUAGCUUCAAGAACACUGUCCAACCAUCUCGUCCUCUGUUGUCCCCUUCUCCUUGUGCCCUCCAUCUUUCCCAACAUCAGGGUCUUUUCCAGGGAGUCUUCUCUUCUCAUGAGGUAGCCAAAGUAUUGGAGCCUCAGCUUCACGAUCUGUCCUUCCAGUGAGCACUCAGAGCUGAUUUCCUUCAGAAUGGAUAGGUUUGAUCUUCUUGCAGUCCAUGGGACUCUCAAGAGUCUCCUCCAGCACCAUAAUUCAAAAGCAUCAAUUCUUCAGCGGUCAGCCUUCUUUAUGGUCCAGCUCUCACUUCCAUACAUCACUACUGGGAAAACCAAAGCUUUAACUACACAGACCUUUGUUGGCAAGGUGAUGUCUCUGCUUUGAGACAUCACCUUAUAACAGUAUGUAUCUGUAAAACACUUUUGUUCCACAAGUUAGUAUAAACCUUUGGAACUGGUCCUUUGGUUUUCUGGAGAAUUUGUGAGCAAAGUUAAUUCCCAGCAUUCUCCUGCAAAGGUGUCUUUUGCUUUGUUCCUAUUUCCAGCCUUAAUUUGUGAGUCAGUUUUUCCAUAUGCACAAUACACCAUACUUUCUUGUACCAAGAAUUCAAGUGUGCGCCUUCUAAUCCUUCAAGAAUGUGGGUAUAAUCCUACGUGCUACCACUAAGAGGAAUCCUGUCCCCACACCCUCACCAGCAUGUAGGGGAAUCACGUUUAUGCAUAUAUGAAAGUUUAACUGGGGUUAAACACCAUUUCCAAACAGUACUGCUGGCCUCUGUGUUUACCAUAGAACAUGCUAAUCGACCAAGCAUUUCAGUUUUAGGAACUGAAGUGCAAGACGUUGACCAGUUGGUGGACUGCCUUAAACUGAAGGUCCCAGUGCUGACGUGCACACUGCAACUCAGGGAUGAGUUUGAGCAGGAAGUGAAAAGAACUGUAGGUCUUGCCUAUGUUGAAGACCUCAGCUGGCCAGGCCUUGGAGUGGUAAGGUGAGUGGCUGCUCUGCACAGACUUCCUCAAGGCUCUUUGAGAGCUCUAGGCUGCAUAUAGAUGUAUAGAUCUUCAGCAGUGAGGCUCCUGUGGAUCCAUGUGUGCCCCUUUUUAGACAAGCUUCCAACUGAGCUCAGGAGCAACCAGUUCUUCCUGUUUCCAGAAGAUUUUGGCUGUGCAAUUUGCUCAUUGGUUCACCCAGUAGCCAUUGAGAGGCAUAUCCUCCAUGAAUUUGUCUAGCCCCCUUUUCAAGCCAUCUGAGCUAGUGGCUGUCUCGCCAAAUCUUUCAGCAGCAAAUUCAGUGGAAAGAAGUAUUUCCUUUUCUUUGUGCUGAAUCUGCCACCAUUCCACUUUACUGGAUGUUUUCUUCCUACUCUGAGUUGUUACCAUUUACUACCAUUUUAAUAUUUGCAUAAUGUCAAACAUAUUUGAUCAUGGUUUCCCACUUUGGUAUUUUCAAAGUGUCUUUUUAUUUUUCCAAUAUACUCAUAGGGUUUAGGACUGCUCAGGUUAAACAGACUACAUGCAUACUUCUGGAGCAAAUUUGUGCAAAGCACAAAUGACAGUGUGACUGAAAAUUUUCAGUAAUGUUGGCAUGGUGUACAAUGAAUAAUCAAGGCAAAAUUUCUGCAAACUGUUCUUGGACAGCAAGAUAGGAUUUUACAGUUUUUACUGCAAAACUCUACCACUACCAUAAAUAGUCCAUCUGAAUUGGUUUUGAAAGGUACGAGGGGCAGAAUGAAGACAAACAGGAGAAAGAAGUGGAGAAGAUUAACAACGAACUAUUGAAAAAACUAAAUGAGCUGGAAUCAGAUCUGUUGUUUUCCUUAGGUAAUAAACUACUUCUGAAACUAUUCAAUGGGGCAGUGAAAUGAUGGGGAAGUCUAGGUAUCAGUGUGUGUGUAAUCCCCUGUAACAGUUCAAUAAUACUGGUUUCUCUACCAAACAGAGGAAUUUUGCAUUUUUAUAUUUAGCUUCCUUUGGUCACUUUUAGUUGUUCUAGUCACAAAAUUUUAAAAUUCUCCAGAAUUUGGAAUUUUCAAAAAGGGAUUAAGAGUGGAAGAGAGAAGUACUUUUGAUGGGGAAGGGCUGUGGCUUACCCUGAAUCCAGGGGCCCUAAACUUCUCUUUAAAAAUAAGUUUGACACCUAUUUAAAACAAGCAUGUUUACGAUUUCUAAAGUGUUUGCGAACCUCAUUCUACCUCUUUCCCCCACUUCUCAGGCCCAGAAUUUGGAGGGGAGAAAAACUGUAUUUAUAUUGGAAUGGUCACUGAGGACCUUGAUGUUUCUGAGCUGAUUGAAACUAUUGCGGCAACAGGCCGAGAAAUCGAAGAGAAUUCAAGGGUAUGUACUGACCGUACAAGACUGCAGAGUGGCAGCAUAAUGAGCAGACCUCUUCUUGGUCAUAUUGAUUGCCCUGCGCUUAGUUUUCCUAUAGGCCCCUUAAUAAUAAAUGUAUUCUCCCUCUAGAAGCUAUGCUAGUCUGUCACCACAAAAAUGACACACACAACAUUGACACUUACUUGACUUCUUUCCCAUAACACCGUGUGUGUGUGUGUGUGUGUGUUCCUUUAUUCAAUGUGCCACAUCAUAAAUUGCUAACAUUUGGAUUAUCACAAGGUGUUAAGCACAUAAGAACUGAUUCAUGAGCAAAGCAAUAACUACCGGCUUAGGAAUUGCCUCCCCUCCCAGCUGCAGCAUCUUAAUUAAAUUGAUCAUUGCAGCUCCCUUCUCAGUAUUUUUUUUUUUAUCCAAAUAAAUAAAUCACUUAAAUAGCUCAUGAUAGUUCCAUUUUAAUUCCAGGGUGGUUAACUUUCUAUAGGGCAGCAAGUAAUUAAUGAAUGGAUUUUAUUUCCUUGGGGGGGACAUAAUGAACUACCCCACAGCUUCUGGUAACAGCUUGCUUCCUUUCCAGCUGUCAUCAAUAGCAAAUCCAGAGACUAUUAACACACUGAUCAGCUUGCUGCUGGAGAGUAACAUGCAACCACUUCCUGGUCUCUUUUUAGUGCUACGCUGUGCUGAGCUAAGCCAACAAUUGGCAUAGCAUGUCAUCCAAACCAGGACGAGCUGCAGCCAAGGUUUGUUCUUCGCUUGCCAUGCUGUGCAAACCUGGCUGCUGAUCGAUCUGUGAACAGUGGCAAGCACCUUAAAGAAACUUUCAUAGAAUCUUAGAGUUGGAAGGGACCCAAGGGUCAUCUAGACCAACCCCUGCAAUGCAGUGGGGUUGACUGUUUGAAUGUGGCAGAAGGGGAAAGAAGGCCCAGUCCUAUUAGUGCUUGCAAAACAGCUGUGCAUGCACCAGUUUUUUUUUACCCUUUGUAAGCUCAGCUAGCGCUCUCAAGUCAAUAUGGGCAGUCAUCCAUGAUUCUUGGUAUUCCUACAUUGGAGGUAAUGCACUAGCAACACCAUACCAGAUCAGGAAUACAAGAAAUGCUAAUAAGGUGUGCUGUUCAAUUUCUCAUCAGCUGCUGGAAAACAUGACUGAAGUUGUACGGAAAGGCAUACAGGAAGCGCAGGUUCAGCUGCAGAAAGCAAAUGAGGAAAGACUCCUUGAAGAGGUGAGUGCCCCAAGUUAAGCCAUUUCCCAGCAGCAGCAGUAGCUGCUGCAACCAGGCUGCAUCCUGUUUCUUGGCAACACACUGAUCUUUUCCCCAACCCCGUUUGUUUUCUCAGGGGCUGCUCCGACAGAUUCCUGUAGUGGGCUCUGUGCUCAACUGGUUUUCUCCAUUUCACGCUUCACCAAAGGGAAGAACAUUUAACCUAACAGCAGGUGGGGUGAAACUUGAUUAUACCAAUGAUUUUGGGGGUUGAACCAACGUUAGCAACUUGCGGGAGCAACGAAUUAGUAGGCCCUUCAAAGUGUAUGUGCGGCUGUGGUGGUUUUGAAGGAGGAUGGUUAUGGAUGCUGUUCCUGUCCUGGUUUCUCUGCUUCUGCCUUUAUGCCCUGCUGGUGACGCCCUUCCAGAAGCUUCUGGUUAGCCAUUGUUACAGGCAGUACAGUGGACUAGUUGGACCUUUGGUCUGAUCCAGCCUGGCUCUUGUUACGUUCUUGUUAGCUGUGAUAACUGAAUAGAACUUCCAAGUUUAGGGGCAGUGUACCUUGGAGAUGGGACACGGGUGGCGCUGUGGGUUAAACCACAGAGCCUAGGACUUGCUGAUCAGAAGGUCGGCGGUUUGAAUCCCCGUGAUGGGGUGAGCUCCCAUUGCUCGGUCCCUGCUCCUGCCAACCUAGCAGUUCGAAAGCACGUCAAAGGGCAAGUAGAUAAAUAGGUACCGCUCCGGCGGGAAGGUAAACGGCGUUUCCGUGCGCUGCUCUGGUUCGCCAGAAGCGGCUUAGUCAUGCUGACCACAUGACCAGGAAGCUGUACGCCGGCUCCCUCGGCCAAAAAGCGAGAUGAGCACCGCAACCCCAGAGUCAGCCACGACUAGACCUAAUGGUCAGGGGUCCCUUUACCUUACCUACCUUGGGGAUAACACUUGAUGGGGAACAGGCAUAGGAAGAGGGCUAUUCCCUUCAUACCCUGCUUGGGGAAUUCCAGUGGCAUCAGAUUGGUCCUUGUAGGAGGCAGGAUGGUGGAAUAGAUGGAUGUUAAGCCAGAUUCAGAAGGACUCUUCCUAUAGUCAUAGUCUAAUAGCACACAGGAUGUUUUGCAUACGUCCCUCUCUUCCUAAAACUUCUCAACCCCACGUGGAAAAACUGUGAAUCAGCCCUUCCACAUUGAGAACUGGGAGUGUUCUCAAACUCCCAGGCUCUGGAAAAGCCUGGGAGGGCCAUUCAGAAGUUUGCAGAUAGCUUUACUUGGAGCAGCUGAAGAGCUCCACAGAAGAUGCUAUAUUUCAGAAGUAGCAUCUAAUGUACCACUGUGCUCAGAAGACUCAGCAGCAGCAGCAGCAGCAGCAGCAGCUUUCCAAUCGUGGUUUGCUGUGGAAUGUUGUUGUGUUGAAAUCUAAAUGGAAGGUUGUGAGACAGAAGUGCCUUUGGUACAAUAAAGUUCAGCUAAAUAGGAUCAGAUGAUAAAUACCAUCCUAUAAUUUGGCACGUUAAACCUAGUUUUCAGGUAUGAUCUGAGGGGCCACUAACCAAACCCUCUUCCCUUUGCCAGGUUCUUUAGAAUCUACAGAGCCCACGUACGUCUCCAAAGUACAGGGCACUGGGAACACCCCACCUCCCACUCCCACGUCAAGCCGUGCAAAGCAGAGGUUCCCUGGUAAGUCUUCCCUUCUGUCGCGUUUCAGAGAAGCUGCUGGAGAGUUUCACCGUUGGUGAGAACCAAGUGUCUUGCUUAGAAGUAGGUCUCAGUAGAAGCCAUUCCAUUAGGGCAAAUGGGACAAUGUUUUAUAAGCUUGGAACGCUGAAUCCCGUUCCCGCUUCCAUCAUUUUCUCUCUCUUUUUUGCUGUACGUGCCCAGAAUCACAAAUAUGCCCAGGGCAUAUCUAUUUGCAAGAUCAUCUUAGCUCCUAUAUGCCCACUUGAUCACUUUGAUCAACUGGCAGUGUGGCAGGGCAGGUGCCACAUAAUACUCGUUCCAUAUUUGUAAGGAAUCCAUCUUUUAUGGUGGAGCAGCACUUCUGCUUUGUAACUCCCUGCCUAUUGACACCAGGCAGGCACCUUGUCAACGUGUUUUAAUCUGUUUUUAGUUUGCUGUGGAUUUUAUUUUAUUUUUUUCUGAAUGUUUUUAAUAGUUGCUUUUACCGAUAAUUUUAUUUACUCUUUGUAAACCGUUUUGAGGAUUAAUUUUUUUUACAAACAGCAUAACAUUUUUAUGAAAUAUAUAAAUAAAUGUCUACCACCGAUGCCUAAUCAACCUUAUGAACUGGCUUGGUUUUCCAUCCAUAAAUUCCCAACUGCGGAAACAGGCAGGCAGCAUUUCAGACCUUGCCGUGACUGCGUAGCACUAAAUCGAGUGUGUAUAUUUUGCCCCAGGACAAAAGCUGUUUAGAAGGUCCUUGAGGAACUCGGAUGGGUUCAGUGAGACCAGCUCGGUGAGUCACAUUGAUGAUCUGGAGAGGGCAGAGCAGAGGCCUGCUGCAGCUCCCCCUGCUGGGCAAGGUGAUUCAAAACAGCCAGAAGAGAGCAUGCUUCCAAACCCGGAAAGCCCUGAAGAUUUCCGGGGCGACAAGGCGAAGGCCCUGGCAAAUGACUGCACUACAUCCGAGGAACAAGAGAGUCUAAGAUAAAAUCCAGACCCUGUGCAUUUUAAGACUUUGUACAAAACAAAUGCACUCCCUCUCUAGCAGGGGCAGCCUAAUGAUGCAUUUAAAAUGUGAACAGUGCCACAGUUAGUACAGUAACGACUACUGUUAAACUUGUGAUCGACUGGAGAUUUUUGCACAGAGUUUAGUGGAAGAAGCCUUUUCUCCCCACCCCACCCUCUUUCGCCUUCUCUGCGGGGGGCAUCGGCCUGGUUUUUCCUGUACACUUUGCCAUUGUUGCUUUCUGUCCGGCUUACGUUCACAUUGCCCAGGUGGUAAACAGCAGUUUCUUCGCCACUGAAGUUUGCAAAUGCAGGAUACAGCUUGUCUCCAGCUGGCAUCCUAAAGAAUGAUUUGCUGCUUAAUUUUCAAGAUGCUCUACACAAACACUUCCCUUUAGGUUGGAAUGAUCAAUUGCACUUGGUGCUAUGUGUUUUUGUAAAAAAGAAAAGAAGAUUCUAACUGUUUAAUAAAUCUACCAACUGCUCACUACCUUAUUUUUAAAUACCUAUUUUUAGAGGUAAAUCUAUAGGCACCCCUCCAUACGGUUCCCUUGGUUUUAUGAAUAGCCUUUUAAAAAAAAUUCUGAAAGUUUGCUUCAUGUGUACAUAUAUAAGUGAUUGAGCACCACUUUGGGCAUUCCCUACCACCACCAGAUAAACCUGCAGCAAAAGUUUCGCAGUCCGAGGCCAACACUCCUCUUGAAGAAGUAUUCCUCACCAUGGCUGCUGGGAACAGAUAUCCCACACUUUCCUGCUUCAGGCCGUUAGGAGACAAACCCAAUGGGAUAGUUUUGCUUUAGAGCAACUCACCCCCCAGAGUCUCUUUGACACCUUUCGAAAGGUAUUCGUGAAACACUUUUGAGCUGACAAUGUUGCAUAUCUGUGAUGUUUCCUGUACUGCUAUCCUGGAUUGUUCUGAUCGGUAGUUUACAUUUGCUAGAUAUUGUAAAUACCCAGAGAAAUUGUUAGGUUAUUUACACUGCUGCACUAUUUACAGAAAUGAGCUAACUUUUUUUUCUUUAAUCAAAGAGAAAAUAUUCAGAAGCCUGUUUCAUCCCCCUGUUAAAAUGCAUUCACUUUGGUGAUUGCUUUAAUUCUGUUCCUAUUGAACUUGCAUCUUUUCAUGUGGUAAGAAAAUCCUGGGAGAGAGUUUAUGUGAUCAAUCCCCAGGCCAGUCUUUGAUCAAUUACUUCAAAAUUCAUAGGUUUUGUUUUUUAAGGGGGAUUGAUCCCUUUUUCCCUAAAGGAUCUUUCCUGGAGUUAAUAGCUUCCUCCUGCAAUGACUGGUAAUGAACUACAGCCUAAUCCUAUACUCACACGGAUACUGAAUGAAAGCAUGGCAGUUUGCAAGGGAGUAUUAGUGAUUAUAUUUUGCCUUCCUAAAUAAUGCAGUGGCAGCACCCAGGCACAGAAAAUGAACAUUCAACACAAGAGGAGUCCACCAUGUCAUAGUGGAAGAAGUUGCUUGUCUGAACCUAGAGUGGAACUGCUUUGAAACUCAAGUAACCAAACACAUAGUGAAAGUACAUAUAAGCUGAAGGUCAGACUAAAGGCAAAAUGCAUAUAAUUUCCCACCCUGCUAUAAAGAUAGUAACUUAUAGUCAUGGUGGUCCAAGUUACAUUAGCAGUCAGUUGUGUGUGUCAGGCUUAGAGAAGGUAGAUGGUGUGAGGGAAUGAGAGUUGCAAUAUCUGGUUUGGUCCUUGGCCCAAGGAAGCAAACUUUUCUGACAACAGGCUUGUAAUAUCCUUCAAAGUAUUUUCUUUGCUAGUGGAUUUUGAUGAGCAAAAUGCAUUGGGCAUUGCCUUGGUGUGUGAUGAGGACUACUCUUAAGUGUACUGUUGAUUCAUUCUUUACUCUAAGGAACUGGGAAUCCUUAAAAAACAGACAACCUUAAUAGAUUUGCUUUGUUUAAAUAAGAACUGGGGUGUUUUGUUUUGUUUUUAAAGUACAAAUUCUCGUCUUCCUUGGCAUUUUAUUUGGUAAAAUGAAUAUUAACUUGGGGUUCACUGAGGAGAAAUGGGUUGAAGUUAUAAUCGUUAAUACAAAUUUUAAUGUUUUUAUAUUGUUAAGCCAGCAGUUUUGCUGGGAUACAGACCUAAUUUAGAUACUUCCCAAAUGCUUCAAUAAAGGUUCUUCAACUUGUUAGUAUCUGAGUUUGUGUCAAGGUUUUCACAUGUAAGCAGUUCAAGAGGAAAAUAAACUUUCAUGCUCAGGCGCAUGUCUAUCUUCCCGCUACCCCGAAAAGGGUUUCCCAUUCAUAUCUAUGGGAUUGGCAACUCUCAUCAUCCCUGACCACUGGCCAUGCUGGUUGGAGUUGAUGGGAGUUGGAGUCUGCAGGGCCAAAAGUUACACAUCCCUGUAAAGACACCUGCCAAUCACUGUGUUGGCAAAAGCAUGUUACCUUUUUCCUGUGUACAAUUUACUUCCCUCGGGUAAGUGCAGAUUGCUUUUCUGAGCAUCCAUUUGAGAUCUUUCCCCUUAAGGCCAUAACUUUGCUUUGGACUCCAGUUCCUUCCGCAGAUAGCUAUGCAGUGAGUUCCUUGCAUGCAAACUGCUCCAGAGAUUGCCACAAAUAAUCCAGAGAUGUUCUAUACUAGCUGCAAUCCACCUGUUUCAAAUAAAGCUAUUAAGGGGGGGAAACACUGGGCAACUGGCUCAAGCUGGCCUUUUAAUUUUUGGCAAUACCCCAGAACAACACGAAAGUGGGGGGUGGGACUUAAAAAAUGAGGGCUGGACCCAGAAUUACAAUGCUAUACACAGCACUGCAAGCCUGCCAAUUGUGGCUCGGGGCUCAUGACAGAGGACUCUUGGCUCGGAGCUCCCACAAAUCCAAACAGCACCCCGGAACUUGGGAAGGAUGUACGUGUCUGAAGGAUAUUGCACCCUCCUCAGUGGUGUGACAGGGAGGCCUGCUUUAUACCUUGAGCCCCACACAGACAGAAUCUCAUCCAGUAAAAAUAUAGAAACCUC